AUCAGUAACAAAUGUGUAACCUACCUGGUGCUCAUGACCUCAUGUUAUGAACUAAAUAAAGCUCAAUAUAACAUUUUAAAUGUAGUUCAUGAGCUGUAGCGUAUUUAAUUACCUACGAAAUGGUUGUUAGACAAUUUGUCAAUAGUAUUUAUCAAUCGGGUGUACGGAACUUAACACUAUGCGCAAAGUUCAAUCCAAGCUUGACGUCGGUGGGCCGAGUAUUUUCUACAGAGUUGCAGAAAAAUUCACUUUCUCUGAAUGGGUUGCAGUACGAGCAGGAUGAUUUUACAAACGUGACUCCAAAGAUCCUAUAUCACAUCGGUCACAAUCUGCACAACUCCGAGUCGCAUCCUUUGUGCUUUCUCAAAAAAAGGAUUGUCGAUUACUUUUACAGUACGUUCAAAGGGAGGACUGGAAAUCCGGUGUUUUCCUUUUACGAUGAUAUCUACCCAGCUGUAUCUGUAUAUCAGAAUUUCGAUUCGUUGCUGAUCUCGCAAGAUCAUCCGAGUAGAAGGAAGACCGACUGUUACUAUAUAAAUAAGAACUACUUGUUGAGAGCCCACAUGACAGCCCACCAGUCAGAAAUGCUUAAAUCGGGACUUGACAAUUUCCUCUUGUUUGGUGAUGUCUACCGCAGGGAUGAAAUUGACACUACACACUACCCGGUUUUUCAUCAAGCCGACGCCGUCCGUUUGUGCAGCAAUGCCCAGCUGGAAACACUUGCGAAUGGGCAUGUGGAAAUUUUUGAGGGCAAAGGUGGCAAAGAAACUGAAGAGAAACAAGCGGUGUACACAAUCGAUGCCACUAAAAUAAUGGAGAAUGAGCUGAAAACUACUUUAGUCGGUUUAGCUCAAAGCUUGUUUGGAAAAGACAUACCUUGUCGGUGGGUGGAUGUUUUUUUCCCAUUUACACACCCAUCUUGGGAACUUGAAGUGCAGUUCGAAGGGAAAUGGCUGGAAGUCCUUGGAUGUGGAAUUAUGAGACAUGAAAUCUUAGAAACAAAUGGCGCUGAAGGUAGAAUUGGAUGGGCAUUUGGGCUUGGGCUUGAAAGGUUGGCAAUGUGCCUCUAUAAAAUUCCAGAUAUCAGAAUGUUCUGGUCAAAGGAUACCGGAUUCACAUCACAGUUUUCCGGAAAAUCGCACACAGAAGAGAUAACGUUCAAACAAGUCAGCAUCUACCCUCAGUGCACAAAGGAUAUCAGCUUCUGGAUUCCGGAAAACUUUGAACCAAACGAUUUUCAUGAACUUGUCCGAGAGGCAGGAGGCGAGCUGAUUGAACAGGUAUACCUCUUUGAUGAGUUCACACAUCCAAAAACAGGUAAAAGGAGCAAGUGUUACCGAAUAAUAUAUCGCCACAUUUCAAGGACCCUUACCAACAAAGAAGUCAACAAACUUCACACAAAGAUUUCAGAAAAAUCAACAAACUUACUUGGUGUAACAGUCCGAUAGAUUUAUUAAUGUUUUUAUUUUUACUUUUUUCUUAAUUUUUCGUUGUUGUAUUUUCUGUAAAUAGCUGUGACAAUAAACUAUUUGAUUUUAGUGUUA